GCGCCCUCUGCCGCACUUGUCCCACUGCGCGACCCCUGGAGCGCCAGGCACCCCUGGGACCUUUGCGCGCCCUGAGUCCCCAGCAUAGCCCCGGAACCCCUGCGCACCCCGGGAUCUCGUUAGUGCCCCAGGAGCCCCGCGCGCCCCUGGACUCAGACACAGCUCCCGGACCCCCGCGCGCCCCAGCAACCGAGCGUGCUCCCUGGACUCCCCGGCCCGGUCAACGGGGCUGCGCGCCCUGGUGAGGGCGCCCAGCCCCAGAGGGACCCCUCUUCCCACAGACGGAGCCCCGCCCCACAGGGACCCCCAGGUCCUGCAAGGACAUCCAGCCACGCCCGGGAGGGCUCCCAGCAUCCCUUGGCUGGAGCCCCGCGCUCCUGAGAAACUUCUUUGCCCGGCUGGGGGCUCCCAGCCCCGCUGAGGGGGCGCCGCCCAAGAGGGUCCCCCGCACCCCGCGGGACCCGGCAGGAUGCACGCCGCCCUGGUGGGGCCGCUGCUCGCCGCCCUCCUGGUCACCACCCGCGCCCGCCCGCAGCCGCCGGACGGAGGACAGUGCCGGCCGCCCGGAUCGCAGAGGGACCUGAACUCCUUCCUGUGGACUAUUCGGCGAGACCCCCCAGCCUAUCUAUUUGGCACCAUCCACGUCCCAUACACCCGAGUGUGGGAUUUUAUCCCAGACAACUCCAAGGCGGCCUUCCAGGCCAGCGCCCGUGUCUAUUUUGAGCUGGACCUGACAGACCCCUACACCAUCUCAGCACUGGCCAGCUGCCAACUGCUGCCACACGGGGAGAACCUGCAGGAUGUCCUGCCCCGAGAGCUGUACUGGCGCCUGAAGCGCCACCUGGACUAUGUGAAGCUGAUGAUGCCCUCGUGGAUGACGCCCGCGCAGCGGGGCAAGGGGCUCUAUGCAGACUACCUGUUCAAUGCCAUUGCGGGCAACUGGGAGCGAAAGAGGCCUGUGUGGGUGAUGCUCAUGGUGAACUCACUCACGGAGACCGACGUGCGCUCCCGAGGCGUGCCAGUGCUGGACCUCUACCUGGCCCAGCAGGCUGAGAAGAUGAAGAAGAGCACUGGCGCGGUGGAGCGGGUGGAGGAGCAGUGUCACCCACUCAACGGGCUCAACUUCUCCCAGGUAGGCACAUGGCACCCUUGCCCCCAUAGCUGGGCAACCCCUGUGCACCUUAACCUCUUCUCUGAUUGUCUUACUUAUCCUGCAGCCAGAGUGGGUCCUUUUUCCCUUUGGGAAAGGUCGUUUCAGGGUGUGGGGAGUUCUCCGACUAUUUUGUGGUGGUGUGAGGGGGAGUGGGUGUGCAACAGAAUUGAGGGUAAAGGUUUGGGUGUUUGCUUCUGUUUUGGUGGUAUUACCUGUUGGGGAAAUACUCUUCCCACCUGCUGUGCUUGCCUGAGCAGAAAGAAUUUCCCUCUGAGCAUCAGAGUGAACAAAAACAAAAAGAGGGAGUUGUUGGUUUGCGUUAGGCUUUCCCGAGAUGCCUGGUGUCCCGGGAGCAGGAGACUGUCUUCGAGGCCAUUGUGUAGGUGCACACAGGCGGUAAUGCAUCUGAAGGUAGCAUGGGGGAAGCCAUGGCACUUGUGGCUUGGGUGAUAUGGGAGGUGUUAUGGUUCUGGUGUUUAUGGAAGACUGGUCUCCUGUUUCAGGUUAAGCACUGUUGAAUUUCCUGGGCCUUUCUUUGUCCCUGGGUGACACAAAUAGUUUGCACUCGAUUGCUAACCUAAAAGUUGGCAGUUCAAACCUACACAGCUGCUCGCAGAAGAAAAGCCUGGCAAUCUGCUUCUGUAAAGAUUACAGCCCCGAAAACCCUCUGGGGCAGUUCUACUCUGUAACAUAUGGGGUUGCCGUGAAUUGGAAUCAACUCCAUGGCAACUUUUCUUUUUUAUUUGCAAGGCUCUAGGUGACCCUCGGACUGCCUUCCUCAGCUAGGAGAAAGUCAGCAAGGAUCGGUUUGGGGUUAAUAAUUUCAGAACAAUGCGUUCACUUAAAGGUUGACAGUUCUGAUUUCUGAGCCUCAGGAAUGGGGGCAGGGAGAAGGGUGGGGCUUAGGAGGUUUAAAGUCUCUGCUGCCAGAGACCUGAUCCAGCAAAAUGUCAUGAAAAGCCUGGUCUCCAUGGGCAGAGGUCACUUGCAACUCACUGGCCCCAAACUCAACUCUGAGGGCCUGGAAACAAUGAGUUCACAUCUAUGCCUUGAGAGCAGGGCUGUCAAUCCCGGGAUAAGGGCUCCCACUAGGGGCCACUGGCUCCUGCAAGAAGACCCCAAGACAGGGCUUAGGUCAAUGCCCCGAGGGAGGUGUGGCCUCUGAGACAUGCUCCCACAGUAAGAAGACAGCCCCAUAAAUUGACUGGGCCAGAAACUCUAGCACUGGGGACCAGACUUGCAUGCUGCUCCGGAGAUGUUGCAAGCUUUUCACCAGGGAAACAGCAGGAGAAACCGAUCCCCCUUUGGAGAUCUCUGGCCUUUGUUUUUCCAGGGGAAAUGCAAUAUUGUCCCUGGGGAGGUAAGAAGCCAGAUUGAUUUGCCGGCCAAAUGAAAGGCCGGUUUGUCAGUUCUCCUGCUGGCUGUCCCAUAAUUGUGGAGUCCUUACCCAGAGGGCCCUGGUGGCAGGAAUAUUGGGGCAGUUAGUCACGCCCCGCAGGGUUCUGACUACGCCUGACUCCGUCUCCACGGGGGAAAAUCCUGUGUAUUCUCUGGCCCAGCACUGGACCCUCUGAACAUACCGGCUUUCUCCCUCUGAAGUGACUUUUCCCUUGCCAGCCUUAGGAGCUGAUAUUAUUUGUGUCAGGAGGCCCCCAGUGCUCACCGCCCAUCUCAUUUUGGAGGGAGGUAUGUGGGAGGCCUCUCUGUCCAGAGGCCGAGAUAUCUUUUUUAGGUUAGGGAGGUGGGGGAUCCGCCAUAACUCUCUACACCCUUUGUACCACAAAGGGAUCCGAUUAGGGCUGAAGGGAGCGAACGGACCCUCUGGUUCAACAGCCCCUGGCUUUAAUCUGUCUGCUUUAAAACAACAAAACUAUCUUCAGGGUCUGGAAGCACUACUGUUCAACCAAAUGACGGCUUUGGUAGGUUGAAAACAUUUGCUGGAAAGUGUGUGAGGUUACGUUUUAGGAAAAGUUCCUAAGAGCCAUUCAUCGGCCAGCAAGGAGCCGCUGACAGUCUCCAAAGCCCAUGUUUGAAGAUCAAACGGACUGGAAUCUCUGGUUUCAAAAUCAUGCCCACCCUGUCACUAGCCUGGGCCCUUUUUAAAAUUGUUCUUGGGUCCAGCUCCUCCAAAGGGCUGCCGGAAACAAGUCCCAAACAAAAGAAAACAGGACUCCUUUUGGUUCCCUAAUCUACACAGCCUUCACCACCUGCCAGGGUGUCUGACUGCGCCAAUUUGUCCUGUUAUCAUUUUGGAGUGAGGUGAUGAAAUCUCCCCUCCAUCCUCUUGGGCAGCCUUGGGCUAACUGGGGAGGAUGAGCUCCUGGAGCCCAUGUGGUUGUUAGGGACCCCAAAACCCAAAGUUAGAAAUGCAGCGGCCUCUUCAGUAAAAUUGUAUGCGCGCGUGCACAGUUUGAUAUGAACAUCUGUGAUACAUUAUUGUACCGAAAUAUCUGUUAAGUGCAUCAGAUUUUUAUUUUUCUUUCCUCUCAGCAUUACUGUUAUUGCAAAAUAUUUGGG